AUGCCUUCAGCACAACCAAUUCGCGGUGAUGCAUUUGGAUCACCAGACAGCAACUUAGACUAUGAUGUUCUUAUCGUUGGUGCUGGACUCAGUGGUAUUCUCAGUCUGUACCGCAUGCGGGAACUUGGCUUGAAGACACGAGUUAUCGAAGCAGGUUCCGGAGAGGGCGGAACUUGGUUCUGGAAUAGGUAUCCUGGGGCCCGGUUUGAUUCAGAGAGCUACUCAUACAUCUUCUCAUUCUCACAAGAAGUUUUGGAUGAGUGGAAUUGGACCGAGCACUUCGCCCCCCAACCAGAAACACUUCGGUACAUUCAGUAUCUCACGGACAAGUUUGACUUGAAGCGUGAUAUGCAGUUCAAUACACGUGUGAGAUCGGCAAAGUUUCAAGAAGAUACAUCCUCGUGGCUACUGGAAACAGAAGAUGGCGAGCAGUACACAUGUCGAUAUCUCAUCACCGCCAUGGGCAUUCUCAACCAACCAACUUUACCAAACAUCCCCGGCGUACAGAACUUCAAAGGACAAGCCUGGCAUACAGCCAGAUGGCCAAGCGAUGCUUCUGCUCUGAACGGAAAGCGAGUGGGCAUUAUUGGAACCGGUGCUACAGCAAUUCAGACCAUACAAGCCAUCUCAGAUAAGGUUGGCCACUUAACAGUGUUCCAAAGGACACCAAACUGGACAGCUCCACUUCGAAACAAGAAGAUCAGCCCAGAAGAGAUGGAUGAGAUCCGCACACGAUACCCAGAAAUCUUCCGCAAAUGUGCCGAAUCAUACGCAUGUUUCAUUCAUGUCGGUGAUAGCAGGAGUGUGUUCUCCAUGACAGAAGAGGAGCGUCAAGAGCAAUGGGAGAAGCUCUAUGCUGAGCCUGGCUUCGCCAAAGUUCUCAGUGUUUCUUCAGAUGUCUUCACAGACCACAAGGCGAACGAGCUUUACAGCAAGUUCCACGCCGAUAAAAUCCGUGCAAGAAUCAAUGAUCCAGAAGUAGCUGAGAAGUUGAUCCCCAAGAAUCAUGGUUUCGGCACAAGGAGAGUUCCUCUUGAGAGUGGUUACUUUGAAGUUUUCAACCAGUCAAAUGUCAAGUUGGUUGAUAUUAGAGAAGACCCGAUUUCUCAGAUCACAGAGACUGGCGUUCAGACAGGAGAUGCGUUUUAUGAGCUUGAUGUUCUUAUCUACGCUACUGGUUUUGACGCUGUCACUGGCUCUUUCAAUGCGGUUGAUAUUGAAGGCCGCAAUGGGACGAAGCUGAAGGAUGUCUGGGCUGAGGGCAUCAGGACAUUCUUGGGACUUACAGUCCAGGACUUUCCUAACAUGUUUAUGAUUAUGGGUCCUCAUCAGAUGUUUGGAAAUAUUCCUAGGUCCAUUGAGUAUGCAGCGAACUGGGUUGCCGAGUUUAUCCGAUAUGCUCGUGAUAAUAAGAUCAUCAGUGCUGAAGCAACUGAUAAAGGAAUGGAGGAAUGGACGCAACAUGUGCAUGAAUGCGGAAAGGGUCUAUUAGCCAAUGAAGUUGACUCGUGGAUGACCGGUGUCAACAAGAACUUGGCUCAUAAGCAGAAGAGAUCUAUGACGAGAUAUAAUGGUCCUGCGCCGGGGUAUCGAAAGAGAUGCGAUGAGGUCAAGGGCAGGGAUUAUUCAGAUUUCGUGUUGAGGUACGCUUGA